AUGACACCUCGAAGAAUAUUUUGCUUACUACUAUCUAAGUUUCAAAAGCUUGGUGGAUGCUUAUCUCAAGUUGCAAGUAUCCUCCAUUCAGCCUCACGAGAUAAAAAUAAGAUUUCUAAUAAUCUAUUACAAUCGAAUAAAUACUAUGAAGAUUUUAAAAUGUUUUCAGAUUGUUAUCACCAUAAUCAUCCAAUGUCUGACACAUACUUUAAUAGUGAGGAUUCCUCUGUUUCAGAGCGAAUUUGUCAAUCUCAAAAAAUAACUCAUGGUAUCUGUCAUCCGAACCAAUCGAAUCAGAAUAUAACUUUUCCUACUACUGAACAGUAUAAUCAUGUUGAAACACAUUAUGCAAGUGAAGAUGAUAAUUAUCAGCCUAAACAAAUUAUAAAUGAAUCAAAAAGAAAGAUAUUUAGAAAUGGUAGUCUAGAUAGAAUUAUGAGUUUGAAAAAACCAUGGUCAAGACAUGUUAGACGAAGAAAUAGCUUGCCCACAACUGGUCAAUCAAAUGAUCCUAAUCAUAUUACUACACUACCCACUUUUAAACUGGCAAAAGAGUUUGAUAAUUUUAUAGAAUUUGGUACACCUAUUAAACGUGCCUCGUCUUAUCUGAAUUUAGAUAAAGAAAUAUCUCAAAUUACACCACAUAAAAAACAAUGUACAGAUAAUAAUAAUAAUAAUAAUAAUAAUAAUAAUUUUGAAAUCCGACAACAAAAAUAUGAAUCUGUUCGUAAACCUAAAAUUAUAACAAAACGUCGAGUUGAUAAGAAUUUACUUCGACAGCGAAAAUCAAAUCAAGCUUUACUACCUAAUCUAUGGCAUCCUUCGAUAUCUUCAACAACGGACAAAACAACUGAACAUAUAUUAAAUGUUGUACAGGCAAAAAUUGAAGAAACUAAACGAGAAACUGAAGCAAUUCACAAGAAUGUCAUAUCAUUUUUGGAAAAAAUACAAUCGCCUGUUAAAAAUAUACCAAAUUUCACUGAAUGUGAUCAGAAAAUCAAAGAAACCAAUUCGUUAUUUCUUUUUUCAGAUAGAUCAAUUCAAGAUAAUGAUAUAUGGAAUAUUAUUCACUUAUGUAAUAGUACUAAUGCACCGAAUUGGAAAAGCUGGCUUAAAAUAUGUCAUCCUACUUAUAAUGAACUGAAUCCCUUCGAUCAAAACUGGUCGAAAAUUUUGAAUUUUAGUAAAAUUGAUCAACGUUAUACGUCUUAUCUUAUUUUAUUAAAUUGGAUAGAAAUUAAUUCUAAUCCCAAAACGAACAUUAAACCAACUUAUAUGAAUUUAUUUAAACAAUUGAUUAAUGAAGGUUAUAAUGAGUUUGUGAUUUUAUGUAAACAAAAGCUUUUCAAUAAUUAUCCACGCAAACGAAAUUUUAUAAAAAUAACUCAUGGUAUCUGUCAUCCGAACCAAUCGAAUCAGAAUAUAACUUUUCCUACUACUGAACAGUAUAAUCAUGUUGAAACACAUUAUGCAAGUGAAGAUGAUAAUUAUCAGCCUAAACAAAUUAUAAAUGAAUCAAAAAGAAAGAUAUUUAGAAAUGGUAGUCUAGAUAGAAUUAUGAGUUUGAAAAAACCAUGGUCAAGACAUGUUAGACGAAGAAAUAGCUUGCCCACAACUGGUCAAUCAAAUGAUCCUAAUCAUAUUACUACACUACCCACUUUUAAACUGGCAAAAGAGUUUGAUAAUUUUAUAGAAUUUGGUACACCUAUUAAACGUGCCUCGUCUUAUCUGAAUUUAGAUAAAGAAAUAUCUCAAAUUACACCACAUAAAAAACAAUGUACAGAUAAUAAUAAUAAUAAUAAUAAUAAUAAUAAUAAUAAUAAUAAUUUUGAAAUCCGACAACAAAAAUAUGAAUCUGUUCGUAAACCUAAAAUUAUAACAAAACGUCGAGUUGAUAAGAAUUUACUUCGACAGCGAAAAUCAAAUCAAGCUUUACUACCUAAUCUAUGGCAUCCUUCGAUAUCUUCAACAACGGACAAAACAACUGAACAUAUAUUAAAUGUUGUACAGGCAAAAAUUGAAGAAACUAAACGAGAAACUGAAGCAAUUCACAAGAAUGUCAUAUCAUUUUUGGAAAAAAUACAAUCGCCUGUUAAAAAUAUACCAAAUUUCACUGAAUGUGAUCAGAAAAUCAAAGAAACCAAUUCGUUAUUUCUUUUUUCAGAUAGAUCAAUUCAAGAUAAUGAUAUAUGGAAUAUUAUUCACUUAUGUAAUAGUACUAAUGCACCGAAUUGGAAAAGCUGGCUUAAAAUAUGUCAUCCUACUUAUAAUGAACUGAAUCCCUUCGAUCAAAACUGGUCGAAAAUUUUGAAUUUUAGUAAAAUUGAUCAACGUUAUACGUCUUAUCUUAUUUUAUUAAAUUGGAUAGAAAUUAAUUCUAAUCCCAAAACGAACAUUAAACCAACUUAUAUGAAUUUAUUUAAACAAUUGAUUAAUGAAGGUUAUAAUGAGUUUGUGAUUUUAUGUAAACAAAAGCUUUUCAAUAAUUAUCCACGCAAACGAAAUUUUAUAAGUUAAUUCAUUUCCUGUUUUACUUAUCUUGUAAAUGAACAGUUCCUGUGAUAUUUAUCCUGUUAAUUUUAACAAAGCAUUCUUUUAUCUACGUAAUAAUUAUUUACUACUUAAUAGUAGCAUAUCUGUAUAUAUGUAUUAAACUUCAUUUUUGUACAAGAUUUUGUAAAUAGAACAAUUUAUCUUACCGCGGACGAUUGUUUUAGCAUCCCUUACUAAUCUCUGUAAAUAUUGCUAAUGUACAUACAAAAGUAGGAACUCGCUAAUCAGCUACUUUAGUUCUGAGUACAGUAAACUAUUAACCUGUUCUUAUUGGUUGAUUGAUUAUUA